AUGGGUUUCAAAAUACUUUUCAUCUUAUGCUUGGCUGCUUUUGCCUCUUCCUUCGGAAAUGGCGACUGGGCCAAAGCUUCAGAGAAGGCCAAGAUAUUCACUUUACAGCUCACUAUCGAGGAGAAAAUCGCAUUCACAUACGGUAACGCAACUGCUGGUGCUGGCUGUAUUGGGGUCAUCCCGCCCAUUCCUCGCCUCAACUUUACGGGAGUGUGUAUGUCAGAUGGGCCGAAUGCCGUCAACCGUGCCGAAUUCGUUACCGUUUUUCCAUCGGGAAUCACAGCGGCGGCGACGUGGGAUAGAAAUCUGAUUUAUCAGCGUGCCCAUGCCCUUGGUGAGGAGGCGAGAGGCAAAGGCACGAAAGUCUUGCUAGGACCUGCUGUUGGUCCUAUGGGGCGCCAUGGGCUGGGUGGCCGGAACUGGGAGGGCUUUGGUCCCGAUCCUUUCCUAGCCGGUGAAGCUAUGGAAGCAACAGUCCGUGGAAUUCAAGACAAUGGUGUUCAGACUAGCUCGAAACACUACAUUCUCAAUGAACAGGAGACCCAAAGAAGCAAUACGACAUCCGAGGAUGGCAGCCCUGUUGACGCAAUAUCCUCUAACGCUGAUGACCGGACACUACAUGAACUAUAUCUCUGGCCAUUUGCCAACGCUGUCAAAGCAGGAACCACGGGCAUCAUGUGUUCUUACAACAGAGUGAACCAGACCUAUGCUUGUGAAAAUUCGUAUCUUCUGAAAGAGAUUCUAAGAGAUGAAUUAGGAUUCGCUGGCUACGUUGUCUCGGACUGGUUCGCUACCCACUCAGCCGCCAAGGCCAUCAACGCCGGUCUGGAAGUUGAAAUGCCAGGAUACAUUCCGCCAUCUAAUUAUCAGGGCGCCAGUUUCUUCUUCAAAGAUGGCCUUACCAAAGGCCUGGAGGAUGGAUCAAUUACCGAAGACCGACUCAAUGAGAUGGUUCAGCGCAUUAUGACACCGUACUUUCUCCUGAAGCAAGACUCGCCAGACUACCCAUCUCCUGACCCAUCUAGUAGUCUCUUGUUAUUAGCGAAUGACGUAGGGCUCUUGAGUCUUAUCGAUUCUGGAAUACUCCCACAGCCAGGUCAAUUUCCAAGGGGCCGCGAUGUCCGCGGAAACCAUGCUGCCGUCGUGAGAGAGGUGGCGGCAGCUGGUACCGUUCUUCUGAAGAACACGAACCAGACUCUCCCUCUCAAAUCACCAAAGGUAAUCGGCGUAUUUGGAAACGAUGCUGUUGAACCAGCGAACGGUCUCGUUGUGCAAGACCUCGAUAAAAGUACUUCGGGGUCCAACAUUGGCAACGCCUUCAUCGGAGGCGGCUCAGGCACCGGACGGGCAACAUCCAUCGUCACACCACUCGAGGCCAUCAGAACCAAAGCCAAAGAAAUCGGCGCCGAGGUUCAGUACAUUGCUACGAACGAAUUACUGGCUGCUGGUAACUUCAAGUCUAUCUAUCCUCUGCCGGAUCUAUGCCUUGUCUUCCAAAAGACAUUUGCCAGCGAAGGUAGCGAUAGAACGUCAUGGGAGCUGGAUAACAACUCGACAGCUGCAAUUAGAAAUGUUGCUAAACUGUGCGGAAAUACCGUCGUUGUCACUCACUCUGGAGGGGUCGUUACUCUCCCGUGGGCGGACGAGCCCAAAAUCGGAGCCAUAUUGGUUGCUCACUAUCCAGGCGAGCAAUCAGGAAACUCAAUCGCGGACAUCCUCUGGGGCGAUGUGAAUCCCUCUGGAAGGCUUCCCUACACAAUUCCUUUCAAGGGCGAGGAUUCUGGUCCCCCGAUAGUUAAUUUGACCCAGCCGGUCAAGGACCAGGGCGCCUGGCAGGCCGACUUUAGCGAAGGUCAGCUUAUCGACUACAGGCACUACGAUGCCAUGAAUAUCACACCGCGCUACGAGUUCGGUUUCGGCUUGAGCUACACCGCCUUCGAACUUGGCAACGGAGGCAAGGUAGAGGCAAGUUCGCUAAGUAACAAUUCGUUGAGCGCCAAGCCCAACCCGGACGUGAAAGUGGAAGUCGGCGGCCAUCCGGAGCUUUGGGAAGAUGUUGCUUUUGUCACGGCUCGUGUAUCAAACGUCGGGAAGGUUGCUGGGCAUACAGUGCCACAGCUGUAUGUUUCCUUCCCUUCUAAUACACCUCGAGGGACACCGAUACGGGUGCUACGUGGGUUCGAAAGGGUCUAUCUAGUUGCUGGAGAGACAGCUGAGGUCAGCUUUCGAUUAAAGAGGCGCGAUGUGAGCUAUUGGGACUCUGAUGAUCAAGCAUGGGUGGUUCCGGAAGGUGUUUUUACGUUCAACGUCGGAUUCAGUUCUCGAGACCUUCGAGGACAAGCGAAGUUGAAGCUGAGAUAA